AUGUGGAUUCAGUCGAGCUGGGAGCUGCCUCAGCUGCGAGAGGGCCUGGUGAGGGCCAUCAGCGACUCAGACGGCGUGAGCUACCCCUGGUACGGAAAUACAACAGAGACUGUCACCAUAGUGGGCCCCACCUCCAAGCCGUCCCGCUUCAUCGUCAGCAUGAAUGACAAUUUCUACCCGAGCGUCACCUGGGCUGUGCCGGUCAGCGAAUCUAACACGCCCUUACUGACUAACAUCAAAAGGGACCAGAGCUUUACCACAUGGCUGGUGGCACUGAACACCACGUCCAGGGAAAAGAUCCUGCUCCACACCAUCAAGUGGAGGAUGAGGGUCGAUAUCACGGUGGAUCCGACGCUGCCCCUGGGCUCCAGGGCCAGACUGGUGGGCCGGGUGCAUCAGGACCAGCCUCGGGUGCUGACCCGCAUGGAGCCCAUCCCUCUCAACGCCAUGGGGAGGCCCAACGCCAACGACGCCCAGGUUCUGAUGUGGAGGCCGAGGAGAGGGCCUCCGCUCGUCGUCAUACCACCCAAAUAAGAGCAUUGAGGGCGUCUGAUUGGCUGAAUCCUAUCACAGUUGGCCACUUCUGCAGCAAAACAGCUCAACAGAUAAUCAGAUGCAAAGAUCGAAAAACAAAUGGAGAUCGAUAAGCAGGUCGCGUUUUUUAUAAACUGUCGAUGGCACAAGUAAGAGUCGAGUGCGUGUUAAAUCUUGAGGGGACAGCUGCCUUAAUUCCCCACCGCUGCCUUUGACGAUCCAGAAAGUAUGUCGGCCUUCUUCAGGUGCUGUUAAGCUGUUUGGUUGUUCAGGAUUUACUUUUACAGCCACAGCACAACUGAGCGAAGCUUUGUAUCAAUGAAAAUCUGCCACCGGUGCUGGGAGGUAACACAAACCUGUACUGUAGCUACUCUGGUCCAGAAAGAAACGAUCGAACCGAAACCAACACAAGUUUUAAAAAAAGAUCAAAAGUUGUUUUGGCCUUAACCUCGAGUUAAGAACAAGUACAUUCAUAACAGACAUAACCAACUAGAAUAUCUACUGAGAUGAUACUGGAUGAUGUGAUUUCAGGCACGAUGCGAGUGUGUUUGUGUGUUUUCUAUAAUGGAGCCCCAGGGUCAGGUCCAGGCUUGCUGCUUUGUCACACCAGACUGCCUCACACUAACUCACACACACA